AUGCCGUUCAUUGACGAGCCCACCCGUGCUGAAAGCACAUGUCAGCCCAUCGCCAUCAUCGGCAUCGGGCUGAGAGCCCCAGGCGAUGCUUCUGACCCAGAGAAGUUCUGGCAGAUGCUCUUGGACGCUCGCUCUGCACGGUCCGAGAUUCCCAAGGAUCGCUACAACGUUGAUGGCUUUUACCAUCCUGACCCUGAAAGACUUGGAAGCAUCCAGCCCAGACAUGCGCACUUCUUGAAACAAGACUUCAAGGUGUUUGACGCACCAUUCUUUUCUGUCACACCCAAGGAAGCUAAGGCUAUGGAUCCGACUCACCGGAUGCUCCUGGAAGCAACAUACGAGGGGUUUGAGAAUGCUGGUCUGAGACUGGAAGACGUCUCGGGAACUCAAACCUCAUGCUACAUUGGUACCUUCACCGGAGACUUCCCCAACCUGCAAGCUCGUGACAACGAAGGACCCUCUAUUUACCAUGCUACCGGCCUUUCUUCAUCCCUUGCCUCAAAUCGGCUUUCGUGGUUCUACAACCUCAGGGGUCCCUCUAUGACGAUCGACACUGCAUGCUCAUCUAGUCUGACGGCCUUCCACCUGGCUUGUCAGAGCAUACGCACAGGAGAGGCAGAGAUGAGUGUUGUUGCUGGCGCCAAUCUCAUGUUUGGCCCAGACAUGUCCAUCCUGCUCGGUGCCGCCAAAAUUCUCUCUCCCGAGGGAAAGUCCAAGAUGUGGGACGCGAACGCCAACGGCUUCGCUCGCGGAGAAGGAUUUGGCGUCACUAUUCUCAAGCCCUUGGAUGCCGCGCUUCGCGACGGCGAUACCGUCCGUGCUGUUGUGCUGGCCUCAGCAGCAAACGAAGAUGGCAGAACCCCUGGUAUCUCACUGCCGAAUAGCGAAGCUCAGCAGGAGCUUAUACGCACUGCAUACCGCAAAGCUGGCGUUGAUCCUGCAGAGACUGGCUACGUUGAGGCACACGGCACGGGAACGCAAGCUGGCGAUCCUCUGGAAGCCCGUGCUAUUCUCAAGACGAUAGGAGCCCAGCCCAGCCGCAAGUCUGAGCUGUAUGUUGGCUCGGUAAAGACCAACAUCGGUCAUUUGGAGGGUGCUGCUGGUGUGGCUGGUGUUAUCAAGGCUGCCUUAGCCGUCGAAAGGGGACUGAUCCCCCAGAACUUGUGGUUCGAAGAACUCAACCCCCAGAUUGAGUUACCAGAGAACGUCAAGAUUCCCACAACCCUUACCGUGUGGCCUCAUAGCGGCCCACGACGUGCUAGCAUCAAUUCUUUUGGCUUUGGAGGAGCCAAUGCCCAUAUCAUCCUCGAGGAUGCUGCAUCCUAUCUCCUUCGCCAUGGUCUCCCAGGACGUCAUGCGACCGUCCCUAAGCCAUGCCUGCCUCAUUCUCCUUCCAGCAGUUCCAGCGAUAUCGGCUCUGAAACAGAGACGACGAGCAUCAUCAGCCCGGAAGAUCCCAGCUCAAAACUCUUUGUGCUUUCCGCCAAUGAUCAAGAGGGCGUUAAGCGCAACGUCGAAAGAAUGAUCGACUAUCUUGCCACCAAGACCUCUGGCCAACCUCUCUCAAUGACUGACCUUGCCUAUACCCUCUCUUCGAAACGGACAACGUUGCCCUGGAAGUCUUUCGCCAUUGCUUCCGACAUUAACAGUCUCUACCAGAGCCUCGAGACCAUCCCCGCUGUUGUUAGAUCGUCCAACUCAUCUGUGCCGGGCGUCGCCUUCGUGUUCACUGGCCAAGGAGCCCAGUACUCCCAGAUGGGCAAAGGUCUCUCCGUGUACAAGGCUUUCAGAGACAGUAUGCUGCGCUCUGAAACAAUUCUCAAGUCUUUCGGCUGCUCCUGGACGUUGACCGAAGAACUGGAUCGCCCCGAAUCCGAGUGCAACCUACGCCGAACGGACUACAGCCAGCCAGCUUGCACUGCCUUGCAAAUUGCUCUCGUUGAUCUUGCCAAAGAGUGGGGUGUUAAGCCUGUCGCCGUUGUUGGUCACUCUAGCGGCGAGAUUGGAGCCGCCUAUUGUGCAGGCUUCAUCGAUCAUGAAGCGGCGGUGAAGAUUGCAUGGCUGAGAGGUCAGGUUUCCAAGACUGUUUCCAAGCACGGCGGUAUGUUGGCCGUGUCUGCGAGCGCCGAGAGCGUCAGCGAGCACCUUCAAUCCCUGAAGCUCGGAAAGGCCAUCGUCGGCUGCCUCAACAGUCCCAAGGCUUGCACGGUCUCUGGUGACGAUGUUGCUAUUGGCGAAUUGCAGGAGAUUCUCAAGGAAGCGCAGAUCCCCUGCACUCGCCUGCCGAUGGAUGUGGCCUACCAUUCGUUCCACAUGGAAGCCGCACGAGAGAGAUAUGAGGCUGCUCUGACAGGCAUCCCUCAUCGAUCUUCCGACAUUCCCAUGUUCUCCUCUGUGACUGGAACGCUUGUCACUCCAGAGAAAAUGACACCUUCCUACUGGGUGGACAACCUGGUUUCUCCCGUCAACUUCGUGGGCGCCGUUCGUUCUCUUCUGCACCAUACCCAAGGCAAGGCCCGAUCUCAUGAUAGGUCUGCGUUUGCCAGUGUCUUUGUCGAGCUGGGUCCUCACUCGGCUCUGAGAAGCUACCUGCUCGACACAUUCUCUACUGAGGACAGAUUCUCGGACCUGUCCUAUGCCACGAUACUACGACGCAAGUUCGAUGGGGCUCAAACUGCUCUGGAAGCUAUGGGACAAUUGUGGACCAAGGGGUGUGACGUUGACAUCAACCGCGUCAACGAAGUCGCAGCUGAGACCGGUAUGCUCGUGGACUUGCCACCAUACGCAUGGAACCACAAGCUCUCCUUCUGGGACGAGUCCUACCUCAGUCGCGAAUACAGACUUAGAGAGAAGCCACGUACCGAUUUGCUUGGAUACCGAAUCCCGGGCACUCCGGAUCCCACCUGGCGCAACUUCCUCCGGUGCAAUGAAAACCCCUGGAUCCGCGAACACAAGGUCCAGGGCGACAUCCUUUAUCCCGGGGCGGGUAUCGUUGUCAUGGCUAUUGAAGCAGCCCGUCAGCUUGCGGAAGAGAACGCCACAGAGGAGGUCUACGGAUACGAACUCCGCGAUGUUGCUAUUGACACUGCCCUGAGAGUGCCGGACACCGACAAGGGCAUCGAGGUGAUGAUCCAACUGCACCCUCGUCGCACUGGUACUAAGGCUGGCCCGUCAGCUACCCUCAACGAGUUCGCUGUUUCUUCUUGGUCGGAAGACAUCAAGGAGUGGACGGUGCAUGCGCGAGGACUGGUCUCUGUCACCUACAAAUCGUCUCUCUCUCCGGCCAUGCAGCGCGAGCUGGGCCUUGAGAACAAGCGCUACGCGCAAACCUUUGCCGAAGCCAAAGAGAUCUGCCAGAAGCCUGCACGAAGCUUUCUUUACGACACUGUUGAGACCAUCGGCAUGCAGUAUGGCCCGACUUUCCGCAACAUGACCGAGCUUUUCGCUGGACCCAGUUCAAGCUACGGUAUCAUUAGUGUACCGGAUACCAAGGCCAUCAUGCCCAAGGGUUUCGAAUACCCGUUCGUGGUUCACCCAGCGACCCUCGACUCUGUUCUGCAUCUUCUCUUCCCUUCCAUCAGUGGAGAGGAUCAAUCUCUCAGCGAAGCAGUUGUGCCAUUCUCGUUUGAUAGGAUCUUUGUCUCUGCGAAACUCUCCACAGUCCCUGGAACCAAGCUUCAUGGAUGCUCCACAGCCCAGAAGACCAGCUACACCACUUGGAAGUCCUCUAUCACCAUCUCCGAGAAUCUCUCUGAGCCCAUGAUUAUUAUGGACGGGCUGUCUUUGGCUUCUGUUGGAGAGGGAGACGCAUCUCAGACUCAAGAGACGAGGGCCUCUUGCUUCGGGCAGACUUGGCACGAGGACUCGGACUUGCUGGAGCCCUCGCAGAUUAAGGAGCUUGUCUACAAACGUACCCUCAAGAGCAAGGAUGACGACUCAGUUCUUGACAAGCUUGAGUACGUCUGCCUUGUUCACAUUUACCGUUGCCUCGCCUGGCUCGAGAGUGAGGAGGGCAAAGCUUUCGUGCCCCAAGAUGGCUUCUGGAAGUCUUAUGUCGAGUGGAUGCACGAUACUAUCAAGCAAUUCCCUCCUCUUGCUACCAAUGAGGCGGAAGUUGAGGCCGAGCUUGACGCCGCGCGCAAGAGAAUCGUUCUGUCUGAGAGUGGUGACAUAACGGUGCAGAUGGUCGACCGCAUCGGAGAGAAUCUGAGCAGGAUUUUCUCUCGCGUAGUCGAGCCGUUGCAGGUCAUGACCGAGGGCGAUCUUUUGUACUCCUUCUACCGUGGUGCAUUUGGAACCAGCUUCAACACCAACGUUGCUGAGUACGUUGGAUUGAUCGCCGACAAGAGACCCGGUGUCAACAUCUUGGAGAUUGGUGCUGGCACCGGUGGCACCACGUACCACGUUCUGGAGCGCCUCCGCAAUGCCGAUGGAACUUCCAAGGCGGCGAAGUACUGCUUCACAGACAUCUCGCCGGGAUUCUUGGCCAAGGCGGCCGAUCGCUUCUCGACUGACGCAUCCAUCAUGGAAUUCACCACUCUCAACAUCGAAAACGAGCCUACCGAGCAAGGCUUCACGCCUGAGACCUACGACCUCAUUGUCUGCGCCAACGUACUUCACGCCACCAAGAGUAUUCAAGAGACACUCGCCCACUGCAAGUCGCUCCUCAAGCCUGGUGGUCGUCUUGUGCUCUCUGAGGUUACGAUCAAGCGUAUCUUCAGUGGAUUCAUCAUGGGCCCCCUUCCUGGAUGGUGGCUUGGCGAGGAAGACGGGCGCAUGGGUGGUCCCCUCCUGGAUGUCGAGGAGUGGAACACUGCACUGAACCUGGCCGGCUUUUCGGGUGUCGAUGUCGACAUUCGCGGCGAUCGCGAGGCUUCCAAGGAGCCAGUCUCCUUGAUCAUCUCGACGAAGCCAGAGAAGCAGGUGUCUAUCUCCUCUCAAUUUGUCAUCGUCAGCACAGGCUCCGAGCUAUCUGAAAAGCUUGCACAGUCUAUUAAAGAGCAUUUCGUAUCUACUGGUCAAGAUAUAUCGAUCGCUCAAUGGAACGAGGUCUCGGAGAGCCAGGUCGACGGAAAGUACUGUCUCUGCCUCGCGGAGUGGGAGAACCCCAUCCUUGCCAAUCUCACGGAUGCGAACUGGGAGAAGUUACGUCAAGUGAUUCUUGGCUCCGCCGGAACCCUCUGGAUCACUGGAGGUGCUGCAAUGGAAUGCGCUGAGCCGAUGAAGUCGUUGAUGGUUGGUCUUUCAAGAGCCAUUCGCAACGAGGACGCAGGCGUCCGGCUAGCUACCCUCGACUUGGAGACAGCUAGCAACAUCAACUUCGAAGAAGCUGCCAGCAAUGUCCUCAAGGUGGCUCUAAGCCACAGUCGUGGCGACGGCUUUGACGGCGAGUUCGCUGCUCGCGGCAGCACCGUCUAUAUUCCGAGAGUUGAGAGAACUCUCAAUGUCGACGGCUCUCUUCGCAAGUAUGAAGCCAAGGGACAACCGGAGCUCGUCUCGUUCAAGGGAUGCGGAAGGCCUCUGAAGCUCACCAUCAAGACACCUGGUCUUCUCGAUACCUUCAGAUGGGAAGAGGAUGAGACUUACUAUCAGCCUAUGCUUGAGGACUGGAUCGAGGUCGAGGUCAAGGCAGUGGGUCUCAACUUCAAGGAUGUACUCGUCGCUUUGGGCAAUCUCGCCGAGAACAAGCUCGGAGUCGAUGCAUCUGGAGUCGUCACUCGCGUCGGCUCAGCGGUCUCGGAUUUCAAGGUCGGCGAUCGUGUCAUGACCGCCUCUUGCGACACUUUUGCGACCCACGUCCGCUUCCCGGCCAAGGGUGCCAUUGCCGUCCCUGAAAAGAUGACUUUCGAGGAGGCGGCGUCGAUGCCCCUCAUCUUCCUCACGGCUUACUACUCCCUGGUCACAGCCGGAAGCCUAGUCAAGGACGAGAAAAUUCUGAUCCAUGCCGCUGCGGGAGGUGUUGGUCAAGCCGCAAUCAUGAUCGCACAACGCAAGGGCGCCGAAAUCUUUGCAACUGUCGGCUCGGACGACAAGAAGCAGCUCAUCAUGGAGCAGUACGGAAUUCCCGAGGAUCACAUCUUCAGCAGCCGUGACACCAGUUUCGCAAAGGCCAUCAUGCGGGCUACCAACGGCCAGGGCGUGGAUGUCGUUCUCAACUCCUUGGCUGGUGAAGCUCUUCGCCUCUCAUGGCACUGCCUCGCCAAAUUCGGUCGCUUCUUGGAGAUUGGCAAGGCCGACCUCUUCGCCAACACGGGUCUCGACAUGAAGCCCUUCCUCGAUAACAAGAGCUACAUUGGCGUCAACCUCCUCGAUUUCGAGAACAAUCCCACUCCUCGCGCAGUCGCUCUCUGGGAAGAAACGGCCAAGCUCAUCCACGAUGGCUCCGUCAAGCCCAUUGCGCCGAUCCAGCUCUUCUCCAUGGCCGAGGUUGAGAAGGCCUUCCGCCAUAUGCAGGCCGGCAAGCACAUGGGCAAGGUGGUCGUUCGCGUAGACGAUUCCGACAUGGUUCCUGCCGUUCCUCGUAUGCCGAGUGUGGACAUCCAUGCCGACGCCACCUACGUUGUUGCCGGUGUCGGUGGUAUCUGUAAGGAGAUUGGACGCUGGCUUGCCGAGAAGGGUGCUAAGCAUCUCGUCCUGCUUUCUCGCUCUGCCGCCAGUAGCGAGGAGAACAUGGCUUUUGCCUCUGAGCUUCAGAAGACUUACGAGGCCAACACGUACGCAUAUGAUUGCGAUGUUGGCGACAAGGCUGCCCUUCAAGAGGUGCUGGAGGACUUGGAGGCAAAGGGUGUCCCUGCUGUGAAGGGAUGUGUCACCGGUGCCAUGGUUCUCAGAGAUACUCUCUUUGACAAGAUGACUGCGGACCACGUCCGAACAACCGUCGGACCCAAGGUCCACGGUACCUGGAAUCUGCACGAGCUCCUCCCGCGAGACCUCGACUUCUUUGUGAUGCUCAGCUCCCUCGCCGGAGUCAUGGGCCACCGUGGACAGGGCAACUAUGGCUGUGGCAACAUCUUCCAGGACUACUUCGCGGCGUACCGCCGCAGCCAAGGCCUGCGUGCCAUGACCAUUGAUAUUGGCUACCUUCUCAGCGUCGGCUUCGUGGCCGAGCAUGACGAGUAUGUAGACCACGUCAAGGCGAUGGGCCUCAAGGUGAUGCACAAGAGCGACCUCCACGGCCUCAUGGCCACGGCGCUCGAGGGCUCCGAAGCGCACCCGCCGCAGGUCAUGUGCGGACUCCCCUACAACGAGCACGAUGACGCGUGGUACUGGAUCCAGGACCAGCGGUUCGCCGGCCUCAGGAAGACCGCCGCGGGCUCCGGAGCCGGCGGUUCUGCCACCGUUUCCCUCCGCGACGAGCUGGUUCGCUGUGGUAAGGCGGACGACGAGGCUGUGCACCUGAUCACCUCUGCUCUUGUGCAGCGUCUGGCCAAGUUGAUGAUGAUGCCCGAGGACGAUGUCGAUGCGGGCAAGCCACUGAGUGCUUAUGGCGUUGACAGUUUGGUUGCUGUUGAGGUUAGGAACUGGAUUGCUAAGGAGGUGGCGGUUGAGGUUAGCGUGUUUGACAUCAUGGCCAAUAUCCCCAUGAGGCAGCUGGCGGCGGAUUUGGCUGGGAAGAGCAAGUUGUUGGUCCAGGAAGCUUCAUAGAGUGCAUGUUUAGUUGUUUAGAUCGCUGGAGAUAGGAGU